GUGCCGCACAUGUAUUCCCUUUCUUUGCUCAAUAAAUAAAUCUGAAAUCUGAUGGAACCAAAUAUUUUUGACAAUGCGACGGUCCCUGGAUAAGUUUCAAUUGACUCGGAUAAACAUCAGCUGAUAGUUGCCUACAGGAAUGUCAAACAUUUUAGAACUUAGGCCGGGAAGUGGUUCCGACCGUUCAAUUUCUGAUGAUUAUGCGAAAGUGACCGAAAUUCCAAGGAUACCUGCCGAGGAGCUAUCUUACAAUGACUUCUUCUGGAAUUGCAUGCAGCCGAAUAGGCCGGUGAUACUAACCUCGGUGGCGGACAAUUGGAAGUGCUCCAGUGAUUGGAUUACGAAUGGAAGAGUUGACUUGGAUUGUUUGGAGGCGGAGAUCGGAAACGAUCCUGUUCCUGUUGCCAAUUGCUCGAAAGUAUAUUUCAACAGUCAUGAGAAAAGCGAAAUCCCCUUUCGAGAAUAUUGUCAGUAUUGGAAGACCCGAAAGGAUUCGUCAGAAAUUCUCUACCUGAAAGACUGGCAUCUCAAGGCAGCCCGUCCCAGCUACGAUUACUACAACGUCCCGAAAUAUUAUGCUUCGGAUUGGCUGAAUGAGUACUUAAUCGACACAAAUAAAGAUGACUACAGAUUUGUUUAUAUUGGGCCAGAAGGAUCAUGGACUCCAUUUCACGCCGACGUCUUCUCGUCAUUCAGCUGGUCUACAAACAUAGUCGGCACCAAAAAAUGGCUCCUCCUCCCACCCGGUGAGGAGGACAAACUGAAAGACUCCCACAACAAUGACCCGUUCAGUAUCAGCGAAGAACUCCUAGAUAAGCACAAGGUUCGCUACUCCACAGUCAUCCAGCAACCAAGCGAGUCGAUUUUCGUUCCAUCCAAGUGGUAUCACCAAGUCUGGAACGUCACCGACACUAUUUCCGUGAAUCACAAUUGGUUCAACGGAUGCAAUAUUCAUGUGAUAUGGGAGAGUCUCCGGAAGAAUCACCAGAACGUGGUUGAGGAGAUAUCUGACUGCAAGGACAUGGAUAAUUUCAACGAGCAUUGCCAAGUUAUGUUGAAGUCAGUAUUUGGGCUUGAUUUUAAUGAUUUUAUUGAUAUAUUGGAACAUGUUGCGAAGAAGCGAAUGAGUGGGGAGCCGAAUAUUAUGUUUGAUGAGUACGAGUUGAAUCUAUGUCAUAAGGAAUACGAUCUGGAACGGAUUACGUCCAUUUUGAAGGACAUAUCAUGUGAUGCAAGCUCUAAGGCUGUUAGCAGGGUGGAAAGUAGAUGCUCUAAGCUUCUACAAUUGAUUAAUGAAUUUGAAAUAAAAUGA